AAAAGCGGUUCAGUGUUUGGUUUUGUGAGUGUGUCCGGUCCAGCUACCUCCGUUAAUAUUUAUCUACAGAACACCGUCCGAGAAAAGGGCAAAGACCAGAGACAAGUGUAGCGUCACCAGAAAUAUCAACGAAUCAGAGAAACAAUAGUAAUAAAAAAAAUGGAUGGUGCGAAGUCCAAAGACAAAGAAAGAAACAAAAAGAGAAAAGGAAGUCCAGAUGGGGAGGAAGAUAACGGUAACAGUGGCGGCGGCGGCGUACUGGAAACGACGAAGGCGGAUAGAUCGGUGUGGCUGAUGAAGUGUCCAGUAGUAGUAGCAAAGUCAUGGAAAAGUCAAUCCUCUUCCUCAGAUUCUCUCCCUGUCGCUAAGGUUGUUCUCUCCCUUGAUCCACUCAGCUCUGAUGAUUCCUCUUCUCUUCAGUUCACUAUGGAGAUGGCACAGAGUGAGAAUAGCAAUAUACCCAAGAGUUAUUCUCUAAACAUGUUUAAAGACUUUGUUCCUAUGUCUGUCUUUUCCGAGACAACUCAAGGAAAAGUUGCUACAGAAGGAAAAGUGGAACAUAAAUUUGACAUGAAGCCCCAUGAGGAAAACAUUGAGGAGUAUGGCAGAUUGUGCCGUGAAAGAACGAACAAGUCCAUGAUUAAGAAUAGGCAAAUACAAGUGAUCGACAAUGACCGAGGAGUGCACAUGAGACCCAUGGCUGCAAUGAUUGGCUUCAUUUCAUCUGGCUCUAAGGAUAAAAAGAAAACAGCACCAGUUAAACAGUCAGAUGUGAAGAGAACCAGGAGGGAUCGUGGGGAAUUGGAGGAUAUCAUGUUCAAGCUAUUUGAAAGACAACCAAAUUGGGCAUUGAAGCAACUUGUACAAGAAACUGAUCAACCUGCGCAAUUCUUGAAGGAGAUACUAAAUGAGCUUUGCGUGUAUAAUAAGCGGGGCACGAAUCAAGGAACUUAUGAGCUUAAGCCAGAAUACAAGAAAUCUGUUGAGGAUACUGGUGCUGAAUAAUCUUCUGAUCUCGGUAAGAGUAUGAUUAUAAAACAUUUACAUUUUUUUUAAUUUAGACACGUCUGAUAAAUUUUUUAAAAGAGAUGGAAAAAGAAAAAAAGAUAGCAACAGGUUUGUUAAAUUCCCAGCUAGCGGCCUGGAUUCUUGAUAUACGUUAAAGUUUCUUCAGCAGCAGAGGCAUCGCGAUUCAACCAAUGAAGAUGGGCAGAAUUUAUUCUCAGUGCUCCUUUUUCUAAGAAUUUGUUUAACCUUUGAUAUCAUAUUAAUUAUCAGCUUUUAAACUGUUAA